UUGUCUCCCCAGGGCGGAAUAAUAAACUUUUCUGAUUUUCCUUCCCCAGAAAAAUGGAUUCAGCCUUCCAGAAGGAACUCAACUGCUUCAUCUGCUUGAACUACCUUACAGACCCUGUCACCAUAGGCUGUGGGCACACCUUCUGUAGGCCCUGUCUCUACCUUUCCUGGGAAGAAGCCGAAAUUCCUGUUCGUUGCCCCCUGUGCAGGGAAACAUCAGAGCAGACAGAGUUCAAAACCAAUAUUCUUGUGAAGAAUCUGACUUCCCUUGCCAGACAAGCCAGUCUCUGGCAGUUCCUCAGCUCUGAGGAACAGAUGUGUGGGACACACAAAGAGGCAAAGAAGAUGUUCUGUGAAGAGAGCAAGAACCUGCUUUGUUUGCUCUGCUCUAAUUCUCAGGAGCACGAGGCUCACAGUCACUGUUCCAUAGAAUGCGCUGUUGAGGAAUACCGGGAGAAGCUCUUAAAGCAAAUGAGAUCUUUAUGGGAAAAUAUUCAAAAAAAUCAGAGAAAUCUGAAUGAGGAGAGCCUAAUAACCAACCUAUGGAUAUAUUAUGUGUUUCUACUGUCAGAGAUUAUCAGUUCUGAGUAUCAGAAAGUGCAUCCGGUUCUCCUUGAGGAAGAAAAACAACAUUUAGAGGGACUGAAAAGUGAAGGCAAGAAGAUUUUACAGCAACUGAAGAAAAGAGAAGCCACAAUGGUUCAAAAGGGGAAGCGCCUAAGAGAAAUGUAUGAGGAGCUGAUGAAUAUCUGCCAUAAAUCAGAUGUGGAGCUGCUCCAGGAUUUGGGAGACAUAUUGACCAGGAGUGAGUCCGUGCAGCUGCACAUGCCGCAGCCUGUGAAGCCAGCGCUUAUUGCCAGGCCCAUCACUGGACUGAUAGACAGGUUCAACCAAUUCCGAGUGGAAAUUUCCUUCAGUUAUGAAGUAAGCAGUCAGAACAUCAUGCUGUUCGAUGAUGUGAGAAGUUUGAGGCUUAGACAUGACCUUCAAGAGGCGUCUUUUCCUUCUGGAAGAUCCAACUACUUUGCUUCAUGGGGAUCCCAGGCCUUCACCUCUGGAAAACACUACUGGGAGAUAGAUGUGAACGACUCUUGGGACUGGGCUGUAGGGGUCUGUAAGGAUACCUGGUUAAGGAAGAACGGCUCACUGGUCGAGUCUGACAACCUAUUUCUUCUUCUGUGUGUGAAGGACGAUAAUUGUUAUAAUCUCUUGACCACCUCCCCAGUGCUUCCUCAGUAUAUAGAGAAACCUCUGGGGCGAGUUGGUGUGUAUGUUGAUUUUGACAGUGGAAGUGUGAGUUUUGUUAAUGUUGCCAAAAGUUCCCUGAUAUGGAAGUACCCGGCUUGCUCCUCCAGUUACCCGCUCAGGCCUUUCUUUUGCACUGGCCACACAUGA